AGGGAUUGACGCGGCAAACUUAGGGAGGUUAACGUAAGGAGGAAAUAACCAGUCGUCGUUGUUGUAAACAGUGUUAUUACGUAUAAGUAUUAUGUCGUGUCAUGGUACUAAAAUGUUUACUAUGCGUCCGUCUCGAAAAUUCUGCGAUAAUAAGACUAAUUAAUUGAAGAAGAGAAAAAUUAGUCUCCCUCAAGAAAGCUCUGAUUAGACGUGACCAAUCGAUCAUCGACUGGGAGCGAUUCAAAAAGAGGCUCUGUAUUGUUAUCGAUGACUUACUGCUGGCGUCACUAACCAACGUUUAUUGUUGACAGCUUUUUUUAUCUCCAGCAUUUUGUCGACCCUGGUUGUGAUUUAAACGGAGAGAGAAAGAAAACACAAAACACAAAGAAAUCACGUAUACUAUAUACAUUUAUAUAUAAUAAUGAAUGCCGUCCGAUUAUAUUUAACAACAUGCCGAUAUGUGAUGCAAGCAGAAGAGUGUGUGGCCGAUUUGUAUCGCUUGCUGCCCUAUCUUCGCCAGGCCCUGUCUUGUUGUGUCUGUGGUCAGUUGCUGCGGCGACCCUGUGGACCGGAGCCCAACGUCUGCCAGCAUUUCGUCUGUACCGGCUGCGUUGGCGGCAAAAUGAACUUGAAGCCCUCGUGUAGCUGGUGCAAGGACUCGUCGCUGUUCGUGGAAAACACGCAGAUAUGGAUCUUGGUACACUGUUUCAAAAAGCUGUGUGAAUACCUCAACAAUUCCCGAUUCGUCCGCGAACUUCAGCAACCGAGUGGAAGCGGCGAAGCGAAUGGUUUGGUGCUGCUGGUUCAGGAAGCCAUGGCCUUCGAUGACAACUACGCCUCAUCCAUCGAAGAAAAGCUAUCUUCCAUCCCAUCUCUCACUACGUUCAGUCUCAAAAGAAAAGAACAUCAUCCGUCUUGUGAUUUUCUUAAUGCCGACCUAUGCCUUAAAACCCCGCCAACACCUUUUCACACAUCUUCUCAUCAUUCGGUCAAACAGGAGCCAGGCUCUCCUACUGCUGCUACUACUACUACUGUUCAACAUUGCCGCGUUGGCGCCGAAGAACUGGACAAAGUUGCCGAAAAGCUAUCCAACGAUUGCAAAGACGGCCAAACUAUUAACGACAACAGUAGCAGUAGUGGCAAUAAAAGAGAGGCAGUGUCUGUUAGGUGCCCGGUGGAGAGAAAGAAACGGUCGCUGUGGAACAGUCGCGGGGAACUGGCUUGCUUGUCUGUCAAUUGCAACGAUGAGGACGACGAAGGAUCCAGCUCAGAAAUCGACUUACAACCUUCCAGUUCUCCUUGUAAAAAGUUCUGCUCUGACGAGGAUAACAACACUAACACUAACAACAACAGCAACAACAACAACAACAACCAGUCGUCUAGUAAGAAAUCGAAAGUGGACAACAGUAGGCGCUCCAGUUGGAGUGGGAUUAUCGAAGCUGUUCACAAACACCGAUUGAUCUCAACCUCUGGUCAUUCAUAAAUGACAAAAAGACAAAAAAGAAAAACAAAAAGAACAAAAACACGAAAAGAAAAAGAGAUGAAUUCUCUUAUUUUUAGCCAUCCCCUCCAUUUGUCUUCUCUAUUUUUCUAUUUCUACUCUUUCACUCCUUUUUUUUAUUAGGUUUGGUAUUGACAGACUGAGGGUGUCGAGACAACAACAGCAAUCACUACUAUUAUUAUUAUUAUUAUUAUUAUUAUUACUGCUACUUGUAUUUAAUCACUUCCUGUGAUGAUUGCUCGUUGUUCCUCGACACUUUCACUUUCUUCUCUCUCUCUCGGUGCCUUCUUUUUCAUUAUAUACUCUGGCCUUGCGGCUUUAUUAACACUUGGCGAAGAUUUUUGGGUGAAGUGUUACCUCACAAGCUGGCAUUCAUUAGCUUUAUACACGAGUUAUUUUGUAUCUUCAUCACCCGGCAGUGUUUGUGUGUUGUUGGGUGGUUUACGUAGCUGCUUGUUUAUCUCUACACACACACAGAGACACACACAAUCGAAUGUUGUUGGAGCGACGGAAGCUGCGCGGAAAAUAAAAACUCCCCAAAAAAACUCGUGCUGAUAGGAAAAAAGUUGUAUAAAUAUGACCCCGGGUGGGAAGGAUGAUGGUGUUUGUGGUGGUGAUGAAGGUAAACGAGUUCUGUCUGUGGUGUCGGGGUAAAUAAAUAAAGAUGGUCAAGAAAGUCUGAGGUAAAAUAAAUAGGUGAGACGAUGUCUGCUAGGGUAACAUUUAAUAUCGGUCAUAUAGGAACAAGCGAAAAGCAAAACUUUAAAAUGUAUGGUGGGGGAACGAAGCAGGGGAUAAUGGUAAAACAAAACUACCCGCAUUUCAUUCAUUUCUCUUCCCUCUUUACAUGUUUAUGAGAAAGCCAUGAACACUGCACGAUCUCAUUUCCUAUACACUGUAAUCCCGAGGCCUUGUGCUCAUGUAAAGAAAAUGUCUUUACUAUUUAAAACUAUAUAUACACAUAUAUAUAUUGUUGUUUGAGCGGUUUAAUUAACGUCUGUGUGUGUACUCUGAUAGUCUAUGCCCUUUUUUCUUCUUGUGAUCAAUAGUAUACUGUUUGUGAUGAUCCCGUCCUUUUCUUUUUUAAAUAAUGAAAAUAAUUAUAUUUAUUUGAAUUUAUAGGUACAGUAUACUUAAUUACGUGGAUAUUCCAUAUUAAAGCAUAAAUUCAAAACAAGAAAAUAUAAUCACGAUCGAAGAAA